GGCGGCGGGGCCGGGGCCGGGGCCGGACGCGGGCUUCCUGCCGCCCGAGCCGGGCGAGCACCUGGGAGCCGGCCCCGGCAGGCCGGGAGCCCCGGCGGCAGGGGAAGGAAGGGAGGAAGGGAGGGAGCCCCGCGCCCCGGGCCCCGCUGACGGGGGAAGCGACAGCGGCGGCGGCCGGGAGGGGAGGCAGAGCGGCCGCGGAGCGGAGCAUGGAGCGCAGCUGCCACCCCUCGCUUGAGCAGGAAGCGGUGGAAGCGUGGCUGGACGAUCACUGCGACUUCACCCGCUCCUACUUUGUCAGGAAAGCCACAAGAGAAAUGGUUAAUGCAUGGUUUGCUGAGAGAAUUCAUACCAUCCCUGUCUGCAAGGAGGGGACCAAGUCUCAGAGUGAAUCCUGUGCUUGUCACCAGCCUGCCUGCCCUGAGACCACCAACUCUGGAACACCAGCAAGGAAAAUCUCUGCUUCAGAGUUUGACAGACCCUUAAGGCCAAUUUUUGUCAAGGACUCAGUAGGAGCAGUAAGCUUCCUCUCUGGCUCUGAAAAGAAGGAACAGAUGCCUCUGCAAUCUCCAAGGACUGGGACCAGUGCAGGGGAUCGGUGCUCAAGGCUUUUAGAACUUGUGAAAGACAUUUCUAGUCAUUUGGAUGUCACAGCACUUUGCCAUAAAAUUUUCCUACAUAUCCAUGAGCUUAUAGCUGCUGAUCGCUAUUCCCUGUUCUUGGUCUGUGAGGAUAGCUCUAACGAGAAGUUUCUUGUAAGCAGGCUGUUUGAUGUGGCUGAAGGUUCUACCCUAGAAGAAGCUUCAAAUAACUGCAUUCGCCUAGAGUGGAAUAAGGGCAUAGUGGGCCACGUAGCUGCUAUAGGCCAGCCUCUGAACAUCAAGAAUGCAUAUGAGGAUCCAAGAUUCAAUGCAGAAGUUGACCAGAUCACAGGGUACAAGACUCAGAGUAUUCUCUGCAUGCCGAUAAAGAAUCAUAGGGAAGAGGUUGUUGGUGUGGCUCAAGCAAUUAAUAAGAAAUCUGGAACUGGUGGGACUUUCACAGAACAAGAUGAAAAGGAUUUUGCUGCAUAUUUGGCAUUUUGUGGAAUUGUUCUUCACAACGCUCAACUGUAUGAAACAUCUUUGCUUGAAAACAGGCGCAAUCAGGUGCUUCUUGAUCUUGCCAGUCUUAUUUUUGAGGAACAACAGUCUUUGGAAGUAAUUCUGAAGAAGAUAGCUGCCACUAUAAUAUCCUUCAUGCAAGUGCAGAGGUGUACCAUCUUCAUAGUGGAUGAAGAUUGUACUGAUUCGUUUUCUAGUGUGUUUCAUAUGGAAGCCGAAGAAUUAGAAGAUUCAGCAGAAAAUCAGAAGAGGGACUAUGAUACAAACAAAAUCAAUUAUAUGUAUGCUCAGUAUGUCAAGAACACAAUGGAGCCUCUCAACAUCCCAGAUGUCUGCAAAGACAGAAGAUUUCCCUGGACAACUGACAACACAGAAAGUGUAAGUCAACAUAUAAAGAGUUUGCUGUGUACACCAAUAAAAAAUGGGAAAAAGAAUAAGGUUAUAGGAGUAUGCCAGCUUGUGAAUAAGAUGGAAGAAAACUCAGGCAAGAUCAAGGCUUUCAACAGAAAUGAUGAGCAGUUUCUGGAAGCAUUUGUCAUCUUUUGUGGCUUGGGAAUCCAGAAUACACAGAUGUAUGAAGCUGUAGAAAGAGCAAUGGCCAAACAGAUGGUGACAUUAGAGGUUCUCUCAUACCAUGCGUCUGCUGCUGAGGAGGAAACAAGGGAGCUGCAGGUAACAGCGGCUGCUGUAGUACCAUCUGCACAGUCUCUCAACCUAACUGACUUCUACUUCAGCGAUUUUGAACUAUCAGAUUUUGAAACAACGCUGUGUACAAUUCGAAUGUUCACAGACCUCAAUCUGGUGCAGAAUUUCCAAAUGAAACACGAGGUUCUCUGCAGAUGGAUUUUAAGCGUGAAGAAAAAUUAUCGGAAAAAUGUUGCUUAUCACAAUUGGAGACAUGCCUUUAAUACAGCACAGUGCAUGUUUGCUGCUUUAAAAUCUGGUAAAAUUCAGAGCAAACUGACUGACUUGGAAACACUGGCUUUGCUGAUAGCAACUCUAAGCCAUGAUUUGGAUCACAGGGGAGUGAACAACUCUUACAUACAAAGAAGUGAACAUCCACUGGCUCAACUGUAUUGCCACUCCAUCAUGGAGCAUCAUCAUUUUGAUCAGUGCCUGAUGAUCCUGAAUAGUCCAGGAAAUCAGAUUCUCAGCAGCCUUUCCAUUGAAGAAUACAAGGCAACGCUGAAAAUGAUAAAGCAAGCCAUCCUUGCAACAGACCUAGCACUGUACAUAAAGAGGAGAGGAGAAUUUUUUGAACUUCUAAGAAAAAAGCAGUUUAAUUGGGAAGAUCCUAUGCAGAAGGAGCUAUUUCUAGCAAUGCUGAUGACUGCUUGUGAUUUAUCAGCUAUAACCAAACCAUGGCCAGUUCAGCAACGGAUUGCUGAGCUUGUAGCUACUGAGUUCUUUGAUCAAGGAGAUAAAGAGCGGAAGGAACUCAACAUAGAACCAACAGAUCUAAUGAACAGAGAGAAGAAGAACAAAAUUCCAAGCAUGCAGGUUGGAUUCAUUGAUGCUGUUUGCUUGCAGCUGUAUGAGGCCCUAACGCAUGUAUCAGAGGCCUGCUACCCUUUACUGGAUGGAUGUAGAAAAAAUAGGCAGAAAUGGCAAUCCUUGGCUGAACAACAAGAGAAGAAUCUGAUUAAUGGAGAAAGCAAUCAAGCCAAACGGAACUGAGAUGCUGAUUUAAAAACCACAAGCUUAAGUUCACAUAGAAGACGUAGUAAUAGGGGAGUACUGCAUUCUACUAAACACUGUAUUUGGGUUAUGUUUUUGCCACUGCUGUAUUAUUUUUCCACACUUCAAUAUAUAGCAUAACUGUGUAUAUGCCAAUAUCGUAUAUUUCUUUUAUUACAUCUAAGAGAGAUGGAAAAAGAUCUGCAGAGUUAGUUUAUACUAACCUAUUCCACAAGAAAGUAUGAGUGCAGUUUACUCGACUGUCCCUGAGAGCCUAUUACUUCAUAGAUGUAAAUAGUUGUUCAGUGAUUAUGUUGUGGCCAGUAUCUUAAAGACUACUGCAUUUCGCACCUUUUUUCCUCUUUGAGUCUUGCUGUGUUAGGCUGUCAAAGAAAUGCACAGUCUUUCCUGUUCUCUUCCCAGAGGUUAAGAAGAAAAACUGGGACUAAUGCUGGCAAGCCUGAUCCAGCAUAUGCUAUGCUAAUCUCUUCCAGGAAACAGAACUGGGCUUUGAAGUGGAGAAGCCCCAGAAUUUGUGUACCCAGUAGCCUUAUCAUAUCAUAAGAAUGUCUUAGCAAAUGUGUUACAUUUAAAAAAACACCCUGUGAAUUACUUGGGAAUGGGGGGUUUGGGAGUUUCACAGUACAGGUGUCAUAAUUUUCCAUGGAUAAUGGAAAUUGCUUGAAGAUUGAUGAAAUGUCACAACGUAACGGACAGGCUGGCUGUCUUGGAAGAAUGGCUCCUAUAUGAGGCCACAAGAAGUAGGGAAACUGAAACUAAACAAGGAAACUAAACAAGGUAUUUCUGUAUGCUUAUUUUAACUUCAUUUUGAAGUUGAAUUUAAUAUUGUCAUAGAAAACGAACUGAAUGACAGGCAGGAAAAGUAAAAGAAACAUGACUGCAAGAGCAAGGGAUGAAAAUCCAAAUCAGAAUGAUGCUUCCAGUGGCCAUCAGUGGCCAGUACUAUUAAUGACCAUCAAUAGGCCAGUGUUGUUAUGGAAUGGCUAUGACCACUUUGAGUAAAGCAUUGUGUUAACAUAUUAAAAAAAUUAUCUAUCACUAUGUCUUAAAGGAACAUGAAAAAAAAUACUGAAAGCAAAAAUAGCCCAGAAUGCUACAGGAAUUUACCGUUUGCACAAAAGGCAUCAACAUUCAGAAAACUAAGAAUCAAUUAACUUGCACUAGGAAAAGAAGGCAUUGGUAUUUCAUUCAAACAAUGAUGAUCAAUAAAAAUGAUUAUGAAUCUACCACUGAGAGCCAAUUCAAGGAAAUACACACAUAAGACAGUAAAGACACUGAAAAGGAGCCCAUUUUGACAGUCACUGCAUUUAGAUAAGCAAUAUCAGAAGCUAACAAAAAAUGAAGUGUUUCAAAAUGUCCCACAGAACAGUUUUUCAUGGUCACACACACACACACACACACACACAUAUAUAUAUAUAUAUUUGGGGUAGAAUAAGGAAUUCUGACAGUGUGCCACAUUUCUGCCAGCCCGUAUCACUUGUUACUGAUUAAAUCCUAUCUCAGUUUUCUCUUGUGACUACCAGUAAUAAUUUAUUGCAGCUGAAUGAUGUGAAAGUAUUUUUUUCUAUAGAAGUAUUUCUCCAAUGAGGUUGUUGGUUUUUUUCAGGUUUUCAGAAACAAACAAACAAAAAAAAAGUAUGGAAUUCAACAAUAAUUAAAACUCAAGAGCUAUGGUGAAUUUGUAUCUACGCAUGUGUAUAUAUACGUAUACCAGCACAAUAUAUGAUUGCAACAGGUCAUGGCUCUGCACCAAAACUACAGCAGCCUGCCUUGCCCCAACCUUCCAGCUCAAAAAAGGAAAAAAACCAAAGCUUUUAGGUACUUUUUGAUAAGUAGGAAUGUUGCUUCACGAUUUGCAUAAUAUUCGUAUAUUCUUUUCCUUGAAUGUCUGAGAUACUAAAACAUGUCAACAGAUAAAAUACAUAUUUAAUAUAAAUAUGAACAAAAUGUAUGUAUAUAACGGUGUAUCCUUGUUGGUAUGGUUGAAACUAGUAAUUCAUGGAGACAGCACAGCAAAUCAAAUAUGGUGAUACUACAGCAUAGUGACCUAUCACAUUAAGAUUCCAGUAACUAUAAUUCUCUGUUAUAUUGUGUGUUCAACAAAACUUUAUUAUGAUAUUCAGACAAAGGGUGAUGGUUUUAUUUCAUAGCUCUGCGUGGAUUGUUUGCAGAAAAUUCUUAUUUCAUAAUGUAGGUAGAUGAAAAUAUGAGAAAGAAAAAGAAAACACAAAAACAACAGGCUGUUUUUGACUGAAAUUCAUUGCCUUCCAGAAUUCAAUAUUUUCAUACUCAGCCAUUUUAUAUAUUAUAGCCAUGUUUCUGUUAAAUUACAUCAUGGAUUACAUAUCUAAUUAUUUUAGUCAGGUCUCAACUGUUUACUGCUCUAUCUUAAAUUGUCUAACUAAGGAAAUCAAAUGGAAGAUGCAAGAUACAAGCAGAAACUGAGUGCAUCACUUUGUCAUUUCAGUUCUAGUUCUGUUAAAGCCAUUGUGAAGUUUGGUAUUUAAGUUUCUAGGUACAGAAGUUGUCCCAUUAAUGUGUCUAAUACUCCUACUUGUUCUCAGACAUGCACAAAUUUUCUUUUGAAGUCACUUCACAGCACAGUUAAAUGCUUUAAUUAUAGUUUUCUUUCUGUUUUUGUCCCCUUUCUGGAAAAAAAAAAUAAAAAUAAAAAAAUCUUGUUGUGCAUGUUAAAGUAUACAGAAUUACUGAUGAACCCUAGCUCUUCUAUUAAAAAGAACAAUGAGGCUCUUAUGCUAUAGGUAGUACUUUUCCAAGAAGCUAGCCACAUAUCCAAUAGAGUAUAGGUAUAUAGGUUUUCUGUAAUGUCACUCAGUAAGAGAGAAAACAUAAUCUUGACUUUGGCAAUUGUAUUGAUUUUUAAUUAGUAGCAGUUUAAAUCACUCUCAGAUACAAGUACAAGCAGCCUAGUGAUAAAACUGAAUAAUCUAUUCCAACGACGACCAGCUGAUCUCUCCUUAGAGGAGAGGGCUGAAGCCUGAUAGAGGCAUCAUCUUCUGCCAGCUGGGUAAAGCACAUAAAGGUAAGUUUUCGAACUCCAGUCUGAUGCAUUGUAUCUGGUAGUGGCAUGAACUGAUUCAUGAUCAAAGCUGAUUCUUGUACGUGAUUUUUUAAACUACUGGGUAACUGAUUGUGCAACCCAUUAGAGAGAAAAAUUAUGAAAAGCCAGACCUGGCCCCUUAACUAAAGUUACGGAAUGUUACCUGAGAAAUCUAGUUGAUGCCACUUGCAGCGAAGCCUGAGAAAAUACAAUGUUGAUGGAAAAAGUGCCUCACUCAUAAUAAAUUCAGAAAUAUUUAAAGGUUUUAGAAAUCUAACCUUUCUGGUGAUUUUUUACAUUAGCUUUAGCUAAAGGUCUCGUCUCUGCAAUGCUGUAGGUUGUUCUUCAUGCCAAAUCACACACGGUUUACAUUCCACGAGGUUUCAGCUUUAUUUCACAGUCCUCUGCUCUGCUUCUUCGGGGACUUGCACUAAUUUGAGAGAGAAGCUCAAACACUGGAGCUUGAAUAGAAACCUAAGUUUACCCUGAGGAUAAGAAACAGUGAGGGCUGGACUAUUUGGACUUUCAUAGGAACAAGAAACAUCAUAGAGUCUGGCCUGGCAACUGGUAACUCUUUCUAAAUAUGACGAAUAGUGACUUCAAGAUCUUUUAUCCUUGUCAUUGCUAGAUAAUGAAAAUUGCAUGGGAAAUUUUAUUUUCCAGAUAAAGAAGUCUGUUUCCAUAGAGAAACUCCUAUCUAAGUACCACUGUUUGUAAAUGUAUAUUUAUGUGACGAUGCUAUGUAACAUUUAUUUUCCGCUAACUUUCACUGCACGAGCUUGUCAUGCUAGAGCCUAAAGUAUGCUCAAAUUCCCAUUUAAAGCCAAUUACAUGAUUCCUGUUUACCUCAGUGGGAGUUCGAUUGAGCUGUAUAGAAAGUGAAGGAAUAGGUCAAAUUCACCUUUUCUAGCUAUAAAGAGGGACCAAACUCAUCCUCAGUAACACCUGCCUCACCUGUUCUUUACUGUAUUCAGCUGUUCCUGCUCAAGGUACCUCACAGAUGUAACUGAAGUUAGAAUUUGAGCCCUCUGUGUAUUCACGUGGCAGACACAUACAUGUGUCACUUGAAGAAUGUAGUGUGAAAUGCACUGUAAAUAGUUUGAAUAUACAUUUAUAUUAUACUUUAAUAAAAAUCUUACUCACAGUCACUAGCCACCAAGUUUGUCCAUUUGUAUUCUUUUAUCUUAAAAAUAUUUCAACAAAUGUUGUUUCUGGGCACAGACUUUUUGUACUAGGUUAACUGGGUUACUCUAUAGCUUAUGUUCUGCCUUUAAGUAGAAUUAAAGUCUUCUGAGCAUUAUGGGUUCUCACUUGCUUCUGUCCUAUGGAUACUUAGUAAAAUGAAUUACAUUACUUA